AUGUCGUUCUCCAAACCCUCCUGCUGCUCCCUUGGCCGAGCUGGCAAACUUCACAUUGCUGCAGGUGAGCACUCAGCGAUCGUCAAGCUUGAGUAUCUGCUAAUGUAUGCUACGGCCGUAGUUUUCUCCGCACUCCGUGUAUAUGCCAUCGCCGCAAAGAAUCUAUAUCUUGGCCUUCUCACCCUCCUACUGGGCUUGGUCAACCCCGGUAUCAACAUCUAUACAUUCACCACUUUUACUUUCGAGCCCGCGCCAUUCCCUCAUGCGGGUUGCAUCUACUACGUCAGCUCGAAUACAAGAUUUAUCCAUUGGAUGAUGGGUGCAAGAGCGGCUUCUCUGGUCAACGACAUCGUUGUCCUCAUAAUCACAGUGAUGCACUUGACGAACACCAACACAUCCCGCUUCUCAGCGGGAUCAGAACUAGGCAGAGUCCUGACCAUGGACAACUUACCCCCGCAGCAGUUUAUUGCCCCAGUCACGACAUGGAUUGCGGUGUAA